CGUGGCUGUCGCUUCUAGAUCGCCCACUCCUCGUAUUGCCAAUACUUUUCUCAAUAAAUUGGGAAUUCACUCCAUGUUUGUAGCCAAGGAGAUUUUCUCUAGCUGGACUCACAAAACUGAGCAUUUCCAGAGAAUCCACCGAAGGACUGGUGUAUCUUUUACUUCAAUGCUCUUCUUUGAUGAUGAGGAUAGGAACAUCGAAGCGGUAUCAAAAAUGGGCGUAACAAGUAUAUUGGUUGACAAUGGGGUAAAUCUUGAUGCCUUGAGACAAGGACUGUCUGAAUUUAGUCAUAAGUCAGGUUCCUCAAGCAGAAGCAGGGACUAAAUUCUGGAUCUUCAUUCAGAAACUUUGGUAUGGGAGGUUAUAUUCUUCUGCUUCAUUUUAGCAAUGUGGCAUAUUUGUUGCUUUUCUGCACCAUUUAUGCAUCAAAUUGUAUCAACAUAUAAGCUCAUAUUGUUUUCUGUGGCUUAAUGGGCAUUGUGAAAUGCUUAUCAAUAAUAUUCUAUUGUUACAAAAA